AUGAUCAAUGAAAUAAAAUCCGGGGAUCUCCCUUCAUGUGGCGUAUUCUCCACGGUCAGGGUACGGUUCUAUGCCAACGGAGGUCGUUCAUUAUGCAAUGUGUCAGGCCCCCCCCCACCCCGGAAACAGCAAGUAAUUAAAUGUGAAUUGCUAGCUGAGGCGCACCUGAGAAACGUUAUGGAUUCCUCAAUCAAAACAACGCUUCCAUAUCCGCGAAAAUUUUCUUCCACGAUGGAAAGUCUGGUUGCAUGCAGAGCCCCUUGCCAGUCGUGUACUAGGACGAUUGGGGGGAAUCUGCAGAUUAAUCGAGUCGAGUGUGGCGCGUCUGGGACUGGGAGGAUCGAUCAGGGACCGGUGGCUAUGCUCGAAUUUGGGAUAAGCAGGGUUCAUUCUGCGCCACUGCACGUCUGCGGCUCGAGAGCUUCUGUGCUUUAUUGCUAG